CUUGGUGGCCAAUGUAUUUAUUGAAAAAGGCAACAACAAGAAAGGAAAAUGGAACAUCUCGACAAACCCAAUGAGAAACAGCCAGUCGUUUCGGUAAGGCCAGAAACUCCAAACGACUUGGUGGAUUAUACUGAAGAAGAGGAAAGUGCAACCGUGAAACGUAUAGAUAUGGUGGUUUUGCCAGUUAUGUGCUUGGUAUACUUCAUGCAAUACAUAGAUAAACAGCUUCUCUCUUACACCGUGGUAUUUGGUUUGAAAGAGGAUUUGAAUUUAGUAGGUGAACAGUAUUCGUGGUUGAGUAGUGGAUUCUACAUCGCCCAAUUGGCUUCACAAGUUUGGAACACAUUUGCCGUUAGUAGGUUUCCAAUAAAAGCGGUCACUGGAAUAUCGAUUAUCCUUUGGGGGGUUGCAUGUUUGUGCCAUGCCAUCCCAAACAGUUUCCCCGGGUUUUUAGCAACCAGAAUAGUCCUUGGAUUUAUCGAAGGGAUAGUUAGUAUCUCUUUUGUUGUUAUUACUUCAUGUUACUACAGAAAGAAAGAACAUGCAACCCGAGUUGCGUCUUGGGUAUCGAUGAAUGCUAUUGCUCAAGUGAUUGGAAAUUUUUUGGUUUAUGGAGUUGCAAAAAACCCCUCCUUGAAACUUUCCGUUUGGAAAGUCAGUUACUUAAUCUGUGGGAGUAUGACUUUGGCUGCUGGUAUAAUUUUUUUACUAGUCUUGCCUUUGAGUCCCCUGAAAGCAUGGUUUCUUAAUGAAAGACAACAAACAAUUGCAGUACAGCGUAUCUUGGUUGAAAGUGAUAGAGGAGAACGUAAUUCUUUUAAUAAACAACAGUUGGUUGAAAGUUUAUCUUUCGACUGGAUCACUUAUAGUUCUUUUUUCUUUGGGUUUUUGGUUACAGUCACCUCCGGUCCAAUUGUUUUCCUGUCCUUAUACCUUUCUCAAAUGGGGUACACUGGUUUUAAAGUUUUAGAAUAUGGUGCCCCCUCAGGAGCAGUUCAACUAAUUGCAAUUUGGGUUGGGGUUGCACUUUGCUAUAAAUGGCCUGACCAAAGAUGCUUAAUCAUAAUGUUUCUUACUUUAGUCCCAAUAGUUGGUAACAUUUUGUUAUUAGCAUUACCAGAAGAAAACCAUUGGGCAGGAAUUGUAGGGUCAUGGCUAGGCAGCUGCAUUACGAGUUUCAUGAGUAUUACCAUAUCGUUAAAUGCCUCCAACGUUAGAGGGAAUACUAAAAAGUCUGUGGUUAACUCUGCAUUCUACUUGGGAUACGAUUUAGCAGCCAUCAUAUACCCGCAAUGGUGGAACUAUUCUAAAGACCCCAGAUACAGAGUGGGACUAGCUGUUGAUAUUGCCUUUUGGGUAAUUUUCGAAAUUCUAGUUUUCAGUUAUAGAUUAAUGGCUAAAUAUGAAAACAAGAAAAGAGACAACAUGACUCACAUAGAACCCUAUGAUGAGGACCAUGAUUUGACCGAUAAACAGGAUAAGUAUCAUAGGUAUAGUUAUUAACUUUUGUACUAUGAAAGUAAUUCGACGUAAUUUGCCCUUCUACAUUAUUCACCACUAGACUAUUCGACGGCACUACCGGCUAACGAUACAUAGUUCUUGCCUUCAACGUAGGGCAUUCAAUCAGAAUGCUAGUAUUGUAGAGAUGGGUUCAGGUCGUUCUGGUGUACGGCUGUACGGCAAUUUACCU